AUGGAGAGUGACCGCGCUGAUCCAAAUACACUCGACAAUAUUUAUCAGUCCAGGCACCUCAAGCAGGUCAACCAGGGCGGCGGCGCCAGACUGGUUUGGUGCAACGCGAGGUGGGCGUGGCGGUUUGCACGUCGAGGAAGCUAUGGUGGGGCGAGCAUCAAAAGUCGAGUCCGUCUCUCGUUGCAGCCAUGCAUAGAAAGGCGAGCAGAGCGUGUAUGCUGGCUCUGCGUAGUGUCGGGGCACAGUGAGAGGCAGCUAGAGCGGCUCUGGCGCGGGAGACUGGUCGGCCGGGCAGAGGCAGGCAAGCAGGCUACCCGUGGAAAGGAAGGCGAGUGGGUGGCAUGCUGUCCGCCCUCUCUCCCACCUCUUCUCUUUCUCCCAUACAAAUCUCCCAUACAAAUCUGCUCCCCGCGUAACUUCGCAACACAACACUGCACGCAUUUUGUGCAAUUUUCACGUCUCUUCACAACUUCAUUUUUCUCCUUCAAAAACCCCUCAAAUACCGCCAAUAUGCCCAAGGCUGCUGCUGCCCCUAAGCGUGGAGCUCGCGUCGAGAAGAAGCGCGCCAAGAAGGACCCUAACGCCCCCAAGCGUGGUCUCUCCGCCUACAUGUUCUUUGCCAACGAGCAGCGUGAGAACGUCCGUGAGGAGAACCCUGGUGUGUCGUUCGGACAGGUCGGCAAGAUCCUCGGUGAGCGCUGGAAGGCCCUCUCCGAGAAGCAGCGCAUCCCCUACGAGGCCAAGGCUGCUGCUGACAAGAAGCGCUACGAGGAUGAGAAGGCUGCCUACAACUCGUCUUAA